UAUAAAGCAUUCACAUGCAUUGGUACUAUUUGAAAGCUCUAUCUCUUUCUCUUUCUCUUGUUGUAAAAACUAGUAGCAUAAAAGAGAGGUGAGUGAGUGAGUGAGUGAGUGAAGAAGGAAGAAAGAAAGAUGGGAAGGCCUCCAUGCUGUGACAAAGUUGGAAUCAAGAAAGGUCCAUGGACACCUGAGGAGGAUAUCAUCCUUGUCUCUUACAUCCAAGAACAUGGUCCUGGAAAUUGGAGAUCAGUCCCUACUAACACUGGGUUGUCAAGAUGCAGCAAAAGUUGUAGGCUAAGGUGGACAAAUUAUCUAAGGCCAGGAAUCAAGAGAGGAAACUUCACUCCCCAUGAAGAAGGAAUGAUUAUUCACUUGCAAGCUCUUCUUGGUAACAAAUGGGCAGCCAUAGCUUCAUACCUUCCACAAAGAACAGACAAUGACAUAAAGAAUUAUUGGAACACACAUCUAAAGAAGAAGCUCAAGAAAUUCCAACAACAACAAACAUCUUCCAUGGAUUCUUCUUCUCAGCACCUUCAAGCGUCAUCUAAGAGCUUCAGUGACAGAAUUUCAUCAUCAGAUAAUAAGUCUUCUCAGUGUUCAUCAAUUACCACAUCCUAUGCAUCAAGCACUGAGAACAUUUCAAGGCUUCUAGAAGGUUGGAUGAGAACUUCUCCAAAACCAUCUUCAUCAUCUUCUCCAUUCAUCAUCAAAGGAGCAGGAGGAGGAGGACCAUCAUCAAAUCAUCAUGAGAUUGAUGAAGAAAACAAUAACAACAACAAUGAUAAUAAUAAGGAGGUUCUUCUAGUCAAGUCUGUUUCUAUGCCUGCUUUGAAUCUUGAGCUUCAUCAUCAUCAGAAUCAUCAAGACUUUGAAUCUAUUCUUUCCUUUGAGAAUCUCAACACUACUACUGCUUCUUGCUGGGACAAAUCUACUUGUGAUUCUAUGCCUAAUAAUAAUCACAAAUGUUCUUCAGAACCUGCUGCUGCUACUACUUUUUCUCAUCAUCAUCAUCAUCAUCAUGAAAUUGAGGAAGAAGAAGAGGACUAUGAGGAUCAAGAGGAGAGAAAGAAUAGUAAGAGUAGUAGGGAUAAGAAUAAUAAUGACAAUAAUAACCCUCCAUUGUCAUUCCUUGAGAAGUGGCUAUUGGAUGAGAAUGUUGGUCAUGGUGAGGAGAUCAUGGAGUUAUCUCCUAUCUUCUAAUAACAUUCAAAUUAUUAUAUAUUCAAAAAAGAGCACUCCAUUCCCUAAGUUUGGGAUAUGUGAUGUUACUUUAAUAAUUUCGAAGGAGGAUUAAGGAAGUGGAAAGAAGAAGCUGCAAGAGGAGGAUGGAGAAAAACAAG